AUGAGCAAUUUUAAUGAAGUUUAUAUAGAUUUUGAUUGGGAAUUCGAUGCACCUCACUGGUGUGAUCUAUCAAAUGAGGAUUGUUCUGUAAAUGACAAUUGGUUUGAAGAGAUUGAACAAAAGAACCUCAAUGAAACAAAAAAUUCAAAUAAUAUCGAUAUAAAAACAGAAAAUAUAGAUGAAAACUCUACAAUUACGAAAUCUACAGAAACUGAUUUAAAGAAGACUCCAAAGUUCAACAAAUUCCAAUCCAAAAUCCCUGUAUUUUCCAAGAAAUUAGCUAGAUCAAACUCUUCUCAUAUUCCAAAAUCAACUACAAAUCUUCUUAGCCAUAUGGAAGAUGAUAGUUCAAAUAGAUUUAAAUUAAAAUCAAAUAUCCCUGUUUUACGUAAUUCUCAGUCCAGAUUUGUUCUUUAA